AUGAUGAUCGUGUCAGCUCUGCUCCUGCAGCUGACGCUAUGGGUUGCUUCCGUUCACGCCUUCUUCCCCUUCAUCCCGCCCGACCAAUGCGAUCCAGUUGAGCCCUGCGGCGCUUCUGUGAGUGCAACAAAAAGAGCUGGACCAGGGAGUACUGUCGAAGGGGUAACUGUCGACCUUUAUCGCGGACCCAGUAAUGUAGGCAUUCAUCCCCAUUCUACGCCGGACUUUCACAGUGACCCAGUUGCCGCAGCGGCAGCUCGGCUUGCCCGCAAGUUCGGACGAUUUCAGCAUUCCCCUACGUCCGAACUGGGGAAGCGGAAGAACACAUACUCGGUAUCCGAACCCGCUACGCCCACAACGUCCAACAGCGCAGGCAUCUACCAAUACGGGCCCGACUACUCCUACUUCAUCAAGGUUCAAGUAGGUGCCGCUCAGCAACCUUUCUACAUGCUGCUUGACACGGGUGCGUCCAACACGUGGCUCAUGGGCUCCGACUGCGAGUCCGAGGCCUGCCUGGUGCACGACACUUUUGACCCCAGCUCCUCGAAGUCGUGGCGGACGGAUAAUAAGGCCUUCUCGAUCGAAUAUGGCUCGGGAGACCUCAAGGGCGUUGUGGGUGAGGACACAGUCUCGUUUGCCGGAUUGACCGUGGAUGUGGUCUCAUUUGGACUGGCAAAUUACACCCACAACGACUUCAAGCACUUUGCUUUCGACGGCAUCCUUGGCCUUUCCAUGGGCCCAUCCGUGACGGGCACCUUCUUGCAGACGCUGAAGGCGAAGAGGCUGGUGAGCUCGCUGAUUGUCAGCAUGUCCCUGAACCGCGAUUCGGACAGGUCAAACGACGGUCAGGUCACGUUCGGCGGCGUUGACAAAGCGAAGUACACGGGCGAAAUCUCGUACAACAUCAUUCAGUCGCCUCAGAAAGAGCAGGGCGAAUGGGCCAUCAAGAUGGAUGCUCUGAGUUUCAACGGCACGUCAGCCGGUGUCGCCAACAGGCUCAGCUACAUCGACACGGGCACGUCAUAUGUCUUUGCACCCCCCGACGAUCUCGAGGCGUUAUUCAAGCUUGUCCCCGGGUCCAGCUCGUUCAAAAAUGGCGACUAUGUGGAGUACCAGAUCCCGUGCGACACCACGCUGCCGAUCAAUCUCAGCUUCGGCGGUGUCACCUACGGAAUUUCGGCCCAGGACUGGGUCGCACAGAAGGGCGAUAAUAAAUGCAUCAGCAACCUCUACGGCUACGAAGUCUUUGAGGGCGCCUGGCUGGUGGGCGACACAUUUUUGAAGAACGUGUACAGCGUCUUUGAUGCGGACGAAAUGCGAAUCGGCUUUGCCUCGAAACCUGCGCCCCCGCCAAAAUCAACAACCACGUCGGUUGUGGCCUCUGCUACUACGCUAUCGGCAGCUGUCACGUCGGUGGCCGGCGGCGAUUCUGCACAGCCCAUCAUGCCCGGCCUCAACAGCCAGCAAUCGGCGACGGCUGGGAGUGUCCCGGCGACGACCAGCACUGGGGCUGCACACACGCAGGUCAAUGGUGGAAACCAACUGGGAAGGGGCCUCUCCAUCUCGGCACUGUGUUGUGUUGUUGUCGUGGCCGUGCUAGGCGGGAUGCGGCUAAAGCUUCUGCUCUCCGCCGGUAAGAGCAAACCCGGGCGAAGAACGUACAGUCGGCCCACAGCAGGCCGGCAACGUAUUUCGCAGCUUGAUCACCAAAUGGCCAGGGCCACAUCGCACGGCGCUGCACCAGCUGCCCACCGCCGCCGUCACGGAGCGUCGCCUUCGCCAUCAAGCGGGAACAAUCACAGGAACAACAACGAAGAGGCCACGGGUCUGCUAGCAGCAGCCGACCCAGCCGACAAUGACGACGACAACAGGGACAGCGGCCACAUAGUCCACCCUGGCGACCCAGCCGACGGCGACGACGACCACCCGAACCCGCGAACCCCACACCGCGUCCGCUUCGACCUGCGCCCGACCAUAGUCUCCGAAGCGCACGCAAGAAACGGCUCCGACGACCACGACGACAACCCCUACCCGCCGCGAGAAAGCCUCGACUUUGACCUCGACUCGGCCGACCCCCUCUUCCGCAACACAACACAUAUCCGCGACCAUCAACACCAGCGCGUCCCCCUCCUCACAGACAUCGAAGCCCCCUCGGUGACCGUCGCCACCAGCACCACCUCCUUACCAACUGACGCAGAGACAUGGCUCACGUCAGAGCUGCGCCGCCCCAAGUCCUCGCUGCCGUCCGCCUUCAUGAACAUGGCCAACUCGAUCAUCGGCGCGGGCAUCAUCGGCCAGCCGUACGCGCUGCGCCAGGCGGGGCUGCUCGCAGGCACCCUGCUGCUGGUCGUGCUCACCGUCGUGGUCGACUGGACGAUCCGGCUGAUUGUCGUCAACUCCAAGCUCAGCGGCUCGACGAGUUUCCAGGGCACGGUGGAGCGGUGCUUUGGGCGGACGGGGCUCGUGGCCAUCUCGGUGGCGCAGUGGGCUUUUGCGUUUGGUGGCAUGGUGGCUUUUGGCGUCAUUGUCGGAGACUCAAUCCCCAGUGUCUUGAGGGCCGUGUGGCCUGGGUUGAGGGAUACGCCUGUGGUGGGGUGGCUGGCGGAUCGGAGGGUGGUGAUUGUGUUGUUUACGCUCGGGGUGAGUUACCCCCUGGCGUUGUAUAGGGAUAUUGCCAAGCUGGCGAAGGCGAGUACCCUCGCGCUGGUGAGCAUGGCGGUGAUCGUGGUGACGGUCAUUGUGCAGGGCAUGAUGGUGCCGGCGGCAGAGCGGGGGUCGCUGAAGGACUGGCGGCUGCUGGUUAUCAACGAUGGGAUUUUCCAGGCGAUAGGGGUGAUAUCCUUCGCCUUUGUCUGCCACCACAACUCGCUCCUUAUCUACGGGUCUCUCGAAAAGCCCACCAUCGACCGCUUCGCCAGGGUUACGCACAUCUCGACGGCCGUGUCCAUGUUGGCCUGUCUGCUGAUGGCCCUCGCGGGUUUCCUCACUUUCGGCGACAAGACGCAGGGCAACGUGCUUAACAACUUCCCUUCCGACAACACCAUGGUUAACAUUGCGCGCCUCUGCUUCGGCCUCAACAUGCUCACCACGCUCCCGCUCGAGGCCUUCGUCUGCCGCGAGGUCAUGCUGAACUACUACUUUCCGGGGGAACCGUUCAACAUGAACCUGCACCUCAUCUUCACCAGCAGCUUGGUCUUCAGUGCCAUGGUGUUGAGUCUGGUGACAUGCGACCUCGGCACCGUGUUUGAUCUGGUCGGCGGGACCAGCGCCGCCGCCAUGGCGUAUAUCCUCCCGCCGCUGUGCUACAUCAAGCUCACGACGCGUUCGUGGAAGACGUACGUGGCCUGGACGGUCGUAGCAUUCGGGUGUACGGUUAUGGUCAUGAGCAUGCUGCAGGCCAUUGGGAAGAUGAUAACAGGUUGGUCAUCAGCCCUGUCUUGUCGUGUUAACAGCAUGAUGGCUAACGGAUCUGGUGUUGUAGGCGAAGGAGAAACAAGGCAGUGUUACUAA